AAGGAGUCCUGCUCCGAACCCAAAGCAAGCGCGUCAAGAGAGAAAAAAAAUCGCGACGCGCUUCCAACUUCCAAUGUUAAGCACCAUCUUCCCCAACGCACCGCAUAUAAGUAUGGCCACGAUUGUUCCCCAUUAUAUCAUUCAAGCAUCAGCCAUCCACCCACUCCCAACCGACCGAUCGUAAUCCAUUCCACGCGCUCGCGCUUACAUUUUCUCGACCCAAUGGCCGCCUACGAGAAGCAGCAGCCACCGCCGCCGCCGCAGCAGCAGCAACCCUACUACGCCUACCCGGCCCCGCCGCCGCAGCCGGCGUACUACGCCGCUCCCCCUCGUCCUCGCCGCAGCGGCGGCGGCCCGCGCUGCUUCGUCUGCUUCCUCUUCAAGGUCAUCGCCAUCGCCGUCAUCGCGCUGGGCGCCCUCACGAUCGCCCUCUGGCUCAUCUUCCGCCCGGGCUCCGUCAGGGCCACCGCCGUCUCCGCCACGCUCUCCCGCUUCGACCUCCCCGACGGCCCCGCCCCCGGCGCCCGCGAGCUCCUGCAGUACAACCUGACCGUGGACAUCCGGGUCCGCAACCCGAACCGCUUCGGGAUCCGCUACGAGUACUUGGAGGCGCGGGCGUCCUACGACGGCGAGCGGUUCGGGUACGACCCGCUGGAGCCCUUCUACCUGGACGGCAAGGCCGAGCGCACCGUCACGGCCGCCUUCGGGGGAUCCGAGCCCCUCGACGGCAACGGCGCGCUGCGCGCGUACCGGAGGGAGAAGAGCGACGGGUUCUACUACGUCAAGGUGAGGCUGUACACCGACGUGGCAUUCAGGGUCAGGGUCUUCAACGUGCGCCGCAAGAGCAAGAUCAGCUGCACGCUGCGCCUGCCCGUGCCUAGCGCGAGCUCCGCGCCCGUGCCGACGAUGCUGGGGACCAGGUGCGACGUGGACUUCUGAUCGUCGACCUACGCCGAUUCAUGCCUUCGCCGCCGGCCGGCCGGUCUUUGAUGCUGGUAGUUUGAAUUUGUCGAUAGUAGACCUACCAGCCAAGGCAUUAGCUCGAUAAUUAAACAUGCUUUAUUCUGCUAAGCGUGUUGAUUCUUUCGUUUUCAGUCCAUGUGUAAAUAUGUACGAAUAAAUCGAGAUCUCGGGUUCGUUGGUUAUACUCCAAUGGGAUGCUGCGAUGGACUUCACAGAUAA